AUGGCCAACUAUCUCGCCUCCAUCUUCGGUACGGAACAGGACAAGGUCAACUGUUCGUUCUACUAUAAGAUUGGCGCAUGCAGACACGGCGACAGGUGUUCUCGGAAGCAUGUCAAGCCUUCGUAUUCGCAGACGAUCCUGAUGCCAAACAUGUACCAGAACCCGGCAUACGACCCCAAGAACAAGAUGAACCCCAGCCAGCUCCAGAACCACUUCGAUGCUUUCUACGAAGAUGUAUGGUGUGAAAUGUGCAAGUACGGCGAGCUGGAGGAAUUGGUAGUGUGUGACAAUAACAAUGAUCAUCUUAUCGGCAACGUCUACGCCCGGUUCAAGUACGAAGAAGAUGCGCAAAAGGCCUGCGACGCUUUGAAUUCCCGCUGUGGCGAAGGCUGUGUGCGUGGCGGAUUCUGCAAUUUCAUUCACCGGAAGGACCCUGGCAAUGAGCUCGACCGUGAACUGCGCCUGAGCACGAAGAAAUGGUUGAAGGAGCGCGGCAGGGACGCCCGCAGCGUCAGUCGCAGUCCUAGCCCGGAGCCGACGAGGCGGAGAUAUUAG